AUGUGUCCUUCCGCCCAACUAUUUGCGUACUUUUCCGACGUCGUUCCUUCCUUGCCUAUAACAGCUUCCUCAGCCAACAUACCUACAAGCGAAGCUUCCGUGAUAGACGCGUCUACUGUUCACAUGCCAACUCAAGCAGUCGAAAACAUAACAACCAGCAAAAUGCCCGUUUCUCCUCACAAAACACACGCUCGAUUACGACCACAAUGUAUACAUAAUGAUUUGGUUAACCAAAUUACUACCCUAGUGUCGCUUCCAAACACAGAUGUGAAACUUCCCGAAGACAUCCUUCACUGUGUUACAAACUUUGCAACACCACCAGCAUUCAUUCACCCUUGUCAACAAUAUGUAUACUUCAAUGGCGAAAACAUAGAUAGAUUUUCCUAUCGCUAUGGUUUCGUGCGCGGUCUAUUUGCGGAUACAUACUUUACAGUGGCCAACUACAACAUUCGCUUUUGCUGCCACGCGUAUGUCCUCGCACGAACGCCAUUUCUCCUCGAUCAUAUGCUCAACUCAUCAACUAGAGGCGAAAUAUCAUUGGACAUAACGGACAGUAACAUAACAUACGAAUCCAUCUGCUUUGUAAUUGGACAUUUAUACGGUACCGAAGGGGAUGUAUUACUGACCUUGCAUCAUGCACCGGGAGUAUUAGCAUUUGCAUACAUGAUGGAUGUGAAAGACGUAUGUGGGAAAUCGUGCGAAAUAAUCAAACGAAAAAUAAAUGAAGAGAAUGUCGAAAGGUUUGUGAAGUUUGUGGAGGGAACGAGAUAUGGGAAGUAUACAGAGGAAAUUGAAAGUGCAGUGGAGGCGUAUUUGACAGUGGAGUUGGGUGGCGUAGCAUUUCAUCAACCUUUUGAAAUAGACUAUACGGAGAAAGGAAGAUCGGUAGAUGGUGAAUGCGAAGUGUGGACGAAUGGUCACAUGAGUUGUUGGGAGAAGAGCUGUUGUGUCAGCAAGACAGGUUUCAAGGGGGCUUGUAGUAACAUUUCAUCAACAUUUGCAACAUCAGGUUCAUCCAUUACAUUGUUAGGGACGUAUACCAAUCCAAGGAAUUACAUACGCAAGAUCCGCUACAUUCCAAAACCACUACUUUCAAGUCACCCUUCUCCCUCACAGAUAUUUUAUGAUGGUCGAUAUCAGCCUAUUCGCAAUCCUCUCUUAUCUCCAAAACCUUCUCUUAAGCAGACAUAUUCAGCUCAUAAAAAGUCCGUACAAUGGUGUUCUAAUCUACAUGACUCGAUACUCAAUAAUCAUCCUCCAUACAUUGAUGUCCGUUAUCUGCGUACUGCCAAUCGUGUAAUUAAACCUGGAUACGAAAAACUACUUGAUAUCUAUUCCAAACUUCCCUUCAAUUGGAUGAAACGAUGCGUGGAAUCAAAAAACUUGGGAAUUGAUUUUCCAGUGAGAGACAAAUUAGCUCAGGAUGUUGUAAAUAAAAGGAGGAUCUGUGAGAAGGGGGAAAAAAGAGAGCGAGUAGAGUAUAAGUUUGGAGUUGGCUGUGGGUCACACGUUGAAAUCGUACAGACUAAGAGCCAAGGGAGGAGUGCAUAA